AUGGAAACGGAGAGGCUAAUAAGAGCAAAACCCGAGGGUAAGAUCACAGGACCUCUGUUUCCAAGAAUUCAUAUAGAUGAUAUCAAAAGAAUAGGGCCGAGGGCACCUCCUAGAAACAAAAUGGCUCUUUACGAACAACUAUCGAUUCCUUCUCAAAGGUUUAACAAUACACCAGCAUUGACAUUACCUCCUCCGCCUGUUCAUAGUCGGAUGCUAACGAAUAUGUUGUCAAGCCAAGUUGGUGGCAAAAGAGAAUUGUUUUUUGUUGGCAAAAAAUCUCAUGCCCCAAAUCAUUCAAAUGGAAAGCACAAUUCACGUUCUUAUGAAGAAAUUUCAGGUAAUAGAAAUGGAAAUCCCCGUAAGAGAUCAAUAAAUGAAGAAUGUCAAUUGUUGAAAGUACCAAUUAGCUUUAUUGAGCCAAAGAACCCUUUAAAAUCUAAAUAUCCUUAUGUACAUACUGUUGAGUCCGAUUGUAGAUUACCUUCCAUUGCCCAUCCACGAUUGAGUUUGAACUCUAAUAAAAAUCAAUCUGGUUCAAAAGGCAAAUAUUUAGUCAAUUCAAGUUGUUCCUUGGAGCUACAAGCGACUAGUGCAAAGAAGGUAAAUAUGUAUUCAAUUGAACACAAUUCAAAGGUGGUUGAGGAAAGACACAAAAACAAUAAGACACUACUUAGUUUCCCUCAAGGUAAUGAUGAGCAUGAUGGAAAAUUAGGUAAUCAAAUUUUACAAAUCAGUGAUAAUACAUUAACAAAAAUUUCUCUAACGCCCUUGAUCAAAGAAGAAAAAAAUGAGUCAUCGGAUCAUAAAUCUACAAGUGUGUUAGAUCAAAUUGAGAUCAACGGAGAUCGAGAUAAUGUGGGUAUGAUAUCCAAUGAAGUAGAUAAAGUAUGUAUGGGUGUAACUAUUAAAGAGCCAAGAAUCACAAUAGCUAACAAUACUUCAAUAUUAAGAAGUGAAUCAUGUAAUGAAUCUCACAUUACAGAUGUUCAUCGUCAAACUCUUAGUGUUAGAGAAGGUAAUCAAAGCGAAGAAAAGCAAAACAAGAAUGGUAUGGUCGAUUUUGAACGUGGAGAUGAUUCACAAACUUCAGUAAAGGAAUGUACAUCGCGUGGAGUCAUAUCCCCAGAUCUUGUUGUACAGAUGAUAGGUCAAACUCAUUUUUGGAAAGCAAGGAAAGAGAUUAUUGAUCAACAAAGAGUUUUUUCCGAGCAAUUGUUCGAAUUGCAUAGGAUUGUAAAGGUGCAAAAGAUGUUGGCUAAUUGCAUAAAUUUGCAAAAGAAAGAGCCCUUAUCAUUGGGUAAUUCACUUGUUGAACCUACUUUGAAGAAAUUGUUACCCAAAUCCAUUCAAGAGGCACCAUCAUGGCACGAAAAAUUGAGAUAUGAAGCAUCGAAGAUUAAAGAUGUUGUUGACAAUGCAAUCGGAGAUCUACCCCUUCCUCCCCUAAGCUCCGAUAUAACAAGCUUGGCUACAAAUUUUGGUAAACACGCAAAUACUAAUUUGUCAAUGUGGUGUCUUCCACCGCCAGGAAACCAAUGGUUACUUCCAAUGAUAUCUCCUUCAGAAGGACUCGCGUACAAACCCUACCUGAAUCCUCCUCCUCCUCCCGGAGGUUUCUUUCCAACUCUUUCCAGCGGUUUUAGGCCUACAAACCCUACUACCACCUUAGGGAACGAGGAAUUUAUGAACUCGCAAAUUGGAGUUCACGGUGUUACUCCUAGUCCUAUGGAUCCCUCAUACUUUGCACCAUAUGGUAUGUCUAUUAUUAGCCCAUUCGUGUCCACACCAACAUUUAAGCAAAUGAGCUUCUACGAUGUACACUCGAGCACAUGUACAAGUAAUGGUACUAGAAAUGUGGGUGACACGAAUGAGAAUGAAAAGCUCGAAAAUAUAGAAAUUUGUCCUUAUAAGAAGAUUAAAACUUCUAAUGGUGCACUUCCUUUAUUUCCAACUACACCUUCAACAGUAGAUAUUGGACAGCCUAUAAAGAAUUGUAUUAAUGAGCACAAGACCAAGGUGAUUAAGGUUAUACCGCGUAAUAAUCCUAAAUUAGCAAGUGAAUCAGUUGCUAAUAUAAUCAAAUUAAUACAAGAAGAACGUAAAGCAAUGGGAAGCGGUAGUGCAAGACUAGGCUUGUCAGUUGGCAUAUUAUUGUACCUUCUUGCUGCCAAGCCUAUCCUUGCCGCUGAAUACAAAGUAGGUGACGCAGCUGGAUGGACUUUUAAUGUCCAGAAUUGGCCUAAUGGAAAAACUUUCAAAGAAAAUGAUCUCCUAAGUUAA